CUUCUGUAGCUAUCGGAUCGGAAUAAAAGUUAAACAGGAGCUGGCUUUGUGCAUUAGGCAUUAGUGUGUGUACCGGAGAGGCAUCGCUAUGAAGUUCGAUGAUGUUUUACUUAAGUUGGGAGAAUUCGGUCCUUACCAGAAGCGGCUGUAUUUCCUAUUGUGUAUCCCGGCAAUUAGUGUUGGCUGUUACAUGUUAAAUCUCGUCAUUAUUUUAGAAACUCCAAACCACAGGUGCAAGAUCCCAGGUUAUGACAAUGAUACAUACGCGAUCCAGUCGCCCUACCACGAGGCUCUCGUGAACCAGACGAUUCCCCUUAACCCGAAGGACAGGCGACAGCCGUACGAGAAAUGUCACUACUACCGGGAGUCAAACCAGACGGGAACGAUGGAGCGGAUCAAGUGCACCCAGUGGGUGUAUGACCGCAGCAUCGUGCGUGAAACGUUCACUACAAAGGAGGACUUGGUUUGUGAUGAUGCAUCAUGGACCUCCCACAUCAAACUCAUCUUUUACAUCGGUGUAUUGGUCGGGGAUAUCGGCUUCGGACUCAUCGCCGACCUCAUUGGCAGACGUAAAACUUUAAUGGCUGCCGUCCUGCUCUGGAAUGUGUCUGGUUUCGCGCUCAGCUGGGCUCCAGAAACCAUUAGCUUCAUCAUCUUGGAGUUCAUUGUUGCUGCUGCCCAACAUGGAGCCUUCAUGGUGUGCAACGUUAUGUCUCUGGAACUGGUGGGUCCCAACAAACGAGUUCUCUGUGGCACACUGAUCCACGGCUUCUUCACACUUGGUCUGCUCUACCAGUCCGGGGCCGCUUAUGUCCUCAAGCAUUGGCAAUGGAUUGACCUGGCCAUCGCUGUUCCACUCGUAUUCUACAUUGCCUACUACUGGUUGAUUCCCGAGUCGCCCCGUUGGUUGAUGAGCAAGGGGCGCUACGAUGAGGCAGAAAAGAUUAUUCAAAAGGCGGGAAAGGUCAACAAAGUGCAAUUGCCGGAAAAAAUGAUCAACCCUUCCUUGGUGGAACGGGAGGAGACCCAGAUGAAACUAUGGCACUUGUUCUCUACGAAGGAGAUGUUCAUCCGUACUACGAUAUUACUCUUCAACUGGAUAGCCGUGGCGCUGAUGUACUUUGGCGUUACAAUGCAUGCUGGGAAUAUCGGUGGAAACUUCUACUUCAACUUCUUCCUGAAUGGAAUCGUGGAGUUUCCCGCUAUUUUGUUUGUGAUCCUAACCAUGGACAGGAUCGGAAGGAAGCGCCUCCAGUGUAUCGUCAUGGUGUUCGGAGGAAUUGCAACUUUGCUGACCAUCUUCUCUAUUCUAUUUGGAGGGGAUGAUUUUACUUGGCUAACAACCACUCUUUCACUGUUCGGAAAAGUGGGAUCCACGGCGGCAUUUUCUGUGAUCUACGUCAUGACUCUUGAGUUGUACCCAACAGUCCUUCGUAACGCUGCUCUCGGGGGAGGUUCUUGUAUCGGCAGGGUGGGGAGUAUGCUCGCACCCUAUGUUGCGGCAUCUGGUGCAAUGAUUGAUGGCGAUUUCUCUACCGCCCUCCCGCUAGUGAUAUUCGGAUUCGUCUCGACCACGGCGGGACUCCUUGUUUUACUCGUGCCCGAGAGUCAACACCGGAAGUUACCGGAGAGUGUUCAGGACGGAAUCAAGUUUUAUGAGGCGGAAGAGGUCGAAUCGAAACCACUAGACUGUAACGGAGAAGAUAAAUCGUUCCUCAUGAUGUCAAAGCUAGAGUGACAAGAUGGCGAACUUUAUGUAAAGAGAAAUACACAAACACAUGUUAACGUCAUAUACCAAAAACUAAGCCAUCUUUUGUUACUAAUAAAUUUGUGAAUUUCAUGGAUUAAGAUUGAAACGUUUUAAUUAAAAUAGCGAGCUGUGUUGUU